AUGUUUUAUUCGGCCAUCAGGGUCCCAUCCAGAUUUUUUUGUAGGCCAUCUGCUAUAACGCUCCCGCAAAGUGUGGCUUUGAAUAGAUUGCAUAUUCAAGCACACAGAAAUGUUAGUUUAGCCAGUCUGAUUAGAAGGCAUGGAGAGGACCAUGGCCAUCAAUCAUACACAUUUAAGAAGCAUUUCCCCUAUCCACAAAAACUAGUGUAUGAGGUUGUAUCAUCAGUGGACCAAUACGAGCAAUUCAUACCUUUCUGUAUGAAGUCUUUCGUUAAUGCCAAGGACUCAAAUGGUGAUCCUACUGAAGCCGGCCUAAAGGUUGGUUUUAACGAGUUUCAGGAGGAGUUCACAUGCAAAUUGACAUGCGAGAGCCCAAGGCUUGUUGCUGCCGAGUCAAUUACAAAUACACUCUUCAAGUAUUUGAAGACUGAAUGGACAAUUGAGCCUCAAGGUGCCGGAUGUAGUGUUCACCUUGGUUUACAAUAUGACUUCAAUAGUGAGCUGUACAAUCGAGUCAGCUCACUCUUUGCAAAAAGGGUGGCCAUGGUGAUGACUAAAGCAUUCCAAAAGAGGUCUUACGAGGUUUACAAGGCGAGAUUUUGA